CAGAAUGUUCUACGCUGUUCACUAUGUACUGGUAACAUUGUAACUGCACCAUGAUGGACUCGUAAUUGUUACGACUGCCGGUAUGCAUAUCUAAUAUUAGUCAUCAUAUAUGCGCCAUCUGAUGAAGCUUGCCAGAUAUUUCAUGUUGGGGUUCAGUUGAUCAUUGAUCAUUGACGAAAUGCACCGCCGUGAUUAGUGGAGACGGGGAAUCGAUGGAAACUGUGAAUUGUGAAUGAGUCCGGCAUAUCUUGCGAGACCAUCAGACGACAACAGGUGUUGGACGUUGGUGCUGUAUAUUAAUACCCUCCUUGAAUUGCAAUUCCAAUAGACUCCACUUACAUACGGAUUUCGGCCCCUUCUUAUCCGUUCGCUUCGCCAUUACGUUGCGACGUGCGAGGAUACUCCUUCCGUGGGAGCGUCGAUGCGUCCCCGCAUCUCUCCUGCGCAUCAAGUCUAUAAACUGCUGCAACGGCCCUUCCCGCUUCCUCCUGCGUCUUCAUGUCCUUCCACUAGGGCAUUCGUCCUCCACCACGCCAAAGCACAUCGUCCACAACUUCAUCUUCGCAAUUGCGUCGGCUGCGGAACCGUGCGGAGGCCAUUGACAACCACAUCGAAUCCUGCUUCACCAUCCCUUGCGCCGAAGAGCCUGUUGACAUUUGCGGUCGUCGCAGCGCUUUCGUUCGCCUUGUCUGUGUAUAUCCGGUCCGAGCGGAAUUCGAUCUCCCACGGUGACAUGGCGGCACCCGAGAGCGAGACCAAUGGCCAGACAUCUGUUGCGGUCGACGAUGCCGAGUUGCUCGAUUUGCUGGGCGAUCCCUCCAAGAUCAAUCCCGCGCGGCCGGGGACUCUCACCGCGGAACAAGAGGUCAUACUGCGGGAAUUUUGGGUGUUAGCAGCACGCGCCUUCGGAAUCGUGGAUCAGGAAUUGUUGGAUGUCUUGAACGAUCCGACGUCAGGGGUUCCGAACGAGAACGUCGCCCUCGAUGGCUCGAAGCGGAAGAAGGCACGGGCAUUGUUUAGCAGGAAGAAGAAAGAAGGAGAGGCGGAUUCGCUUUCGAAGCCCGAUAGCCAUACAUCUGAACCGGUCGAAAAGGCGACGAAUGACGUCUCCAAGCUCAGCAUCGAAGACGACAAGCACGGUAUGACCAAGCAAUUCAAAGAGGCCCUGACGAAAUACUCGAGCGCGGAUCUACGAACCGCGUUCUGGGAUAUGACGAAACACGACCACCCCGACGCCCUCUUGCUACGAUUCCUCCGUGCGCGAAAAUGGGAUUCACAAGCCGCGCUGGUUAUGGCGGUGAGCGCGCUUCACUGGCGACUCGCUGAGGGCAAGGUGGACGUGGAAAUCAUGAAAGAGGGCGAGGAAGGUGCGCAGCGAUGGGCGCAAAGCGAGGACCCAGACGUCAAGGGGGAAGGCGAAGACUUCCUGGAGCAAUUGCGGUUGGGGAAGAGCUUCAUCGUCGGCGCGGAUAAGGUUGGGAGGCCGAUCUGCUUGAUUCGGACGCGAUUACACCAUGCGGGGGAUCAAUCCGAGUCCAGUCUCGAGCGAUACACCAUCUACACCAUCGAAACCGCGAGGAUGAUGCUGCGCCCGCCGGUGGACACAGCGGCCCUCGUAUUCGAUAUGACCGGCUUUUCUCUUGCGAACAUGGAUUACGCGCCUGUCAAAUUCAUGAUCAAAUGCUUCGAAGCCAACUACCCCGAGUCAUUAGGCGUCGUGCUCAUUCACAAAGCGCCUUGGAUAUUUUCAAGUGUCUUCAGUAUCAUCAAAGGAUGGCUUGACCCCGUGGUCGCAUCGAAGAUCCAUUUCACCAAGAACGUCGAGGACCUCGAAGAGUUCAUCCCCAAGUCACGGAUAAUCCAAGAGCUCGGCGGCGACAACAAGUUUGAGUGGAAAUACCGUGAGGGCAUUCCGGGCGAGAAUGACAAAAUGAAGGAUACGGAGACCGCGGAACGGUUGAAAAAGCGAAGAGAAGAGAUCGUCUCGAGCUUCGAAGAGACGACGUUCGAGUGGGUUUUGAAAAGCACCCUCCUCUCUCGCGGAGUAACGACGCAAGGCGAUGAAAAGAUCGACGAGGCGGCCAUCGAGAAGAUCAAGAGGAAACGACACACUAUUGCCAAGGAGCUACGAGACAACUACUGGGAGCUUGAUCCGUAUAUCCGCGCGCGCAGCGUCUAUGAUCGUCUUGGCUGGUUUCCCAAGGGCCCCGAGGCAGGCCAGUUAAUAAAGGAGGACGUCACGCAAGUGAAGUUGAAUGAGAGCAGCGAGGAGGAAACAUAAUGCAACUGCAUUGUGUUCGACCCCUUGCUGACAGGCAUUGUACAUAUUUGCUAUCAUGUCGAUAUGGCUCGCGCUGGGUUGAUGGCAUUGAGAUUAGAGGUGCACUCGGACUGAUGGGCGGGCGGUGGUGCAUACUCCUUGAUCGGGAUCAGCGGCACCAUUUUUAUGAGAUAAAAUUCAUAGGACUGUACGCUUGAGGGAUCAAGGGCCUAAUAAAUUGUCUAUGAGUUGAUGUGA